AUGAUUUACUUUUUAGGUUUAAGUGUUGCUGUUGAUGUCUUUACUCUUGUUUGUAUAAGUGUGGAACGUUACAUAGCAAUAUGUCGUCCAUUAUUAAUAAUAAAACUUCAAUCUAUUCGAUUUGCUAAUUUUCUAAAUGGUCUUAUUCUAUUUUCAAUAUGGACAUUAGGUCUUUUAACGGCUUUACCAAAUAUUUCAAUAUAUAAUUUAUGUUCUUUACCUCAACUUGGAAGAUUUAAAUGUGAGAAAGUAAAUCCAAAAUAUUUUGAUGAAAAAGUUUAUAUGGUUGCUUUAGAUGUUUUUUAUUUUUUGAUUCCAAUGCUUGUCAUGCUUAUUCUUUAUACAUUGAUCAUUUGUAAAAUAUAUAAAAAUAAUACUGCAACGAAAAUGAGAUUUUCACCGAAUAAUCAUUCAAGCAAAACUUUUUCAAAUUCAUCAAAUUCUUCAACUCUUCGACGUAAUAGUUAUCGUCAACGUCAAUGUAUCUCAUUAGAAUAUCAUCAAUAUAAUUCAAAUGGACAAAAACAAAAUAAUGGUUCAUCAAAUUUUGAAAUUCUUGGACCUAUACCAUUUCAACAAAGUAGUGCAAAAUCAAAAUCUCCUUUAAAUGAUAAUGAUUAUCAAAUAGCAUCUUCAUGGCCAAAAAAUGUUAAUCGUAAUCCAAAAAGUCCUUCAUCAAAUUUAUUUUCUCAUCAAAUAUCUAAAGAAAAUAAUCGUUCAAAAAAUUUUUAUAAUUCAAAUUAUUCUUGUAGAAGUAGUAAUAAAAGUCGUGGUUCAUCAACAAGUCAAGGAGUUUAUCAUAUGGAUCGUCAUCGUCGUAAAGCACUUAAACUUUUAAUUGUUAUUAUUGUUGAAUUUUUUAUUUGUUGGACACCAUUAUUUAUUUAUCAUACUUUUGGAACAUUUGAUAAAAAAUUUUAUCGUUCAAUGCCAAGUAUAUUUGUUGAUUUAAUUCUUCUUUUUUCAUUUGCAUCAUUAUUAUGUAAUCCAUUUACUUAUUAUUUUAUGUCAAAAAGAUAUCGAAUGGUUUUAUAUGUUUAUUUAUCAUAUUGUUGUUGUUGUUGUUAUAAAGUUAAACCAAAAUUUAACAAAAAAGAUCAAGAAGCACGACAUAUUGUUGAAGCAUUACGUUUACAUCAACAACAAAAUAUUCUUGAAUACAAACAAAAAAUAAAUAAACAAAAAUCAUCACCACCUAAUUAUAUUAUAUAUCAAACUAAAUUCAGAUCAAAUACAGUACAAUAA